AAAAAAAAAAAAAAAAAAAAAAAAAGGGUUUUGCUUUAUUUAUUUAUUUAUUUAUAAUUCUGUUCGAAGAAGAAGAAGAGCAAAAUUGAGCGACAUAGAGAGCUCGCGGUGGUAAACCUAGGCAUCCUCAGCCUCUGCUUUCUGUUUGAGAUUCGCUGCGAAACGGGCUUAAGGAGAUAGGAAGGAUAGUAAAGACUGGCGACUAGUACCAAGAGUUAAAGAGUUUUCUUUGGUGGUGCAAAAAAUAAAAGCGGUGGGAUGACCUAUUAUGGCCCAACAGUCCUCUCGUCUUCACCGCCUCCUCACUCUUUUGGACACUGGUUCGUCCCAGGCUACAAGAUUUACUGCUGCUCGGCAGAUAGGGGAUAUUGCCAAAUCACAUCCUCAAGACCUUACCUCUCUUUUGAAAAAGGUUUCUCAUUAUCUUCGAAGCAAAAACUGGGAUACAAGAGUUGCUGCGGCUCAUGCUAUUGGAGCAAUUGCUGAGAACGUUAAGCACACAUCUGUGACAGAAGUCCUUUCUUGGGUUCAAUCUAAAAUGUCUGAGGCUGGAAUUUCUGGCGUUGCUGAAAAUUUGGUUGUGCUGCCUCGUUUUCAUUCUAACAUUGCAUGUGCCUCGUUUAGAAGUUUUAAUAUCAACAAGGUGCUGGAGUUUGGAGCUCUGUUGGCAUCUGGGGGACAGGAGUAUGAUAUUGCAAAUGAUAAUAUGAAGAAUCCAAGGGAAAGAAUGGCCCGCCAGAAGCAACAUCUUCGACGUCGUUUAGGGUUGGAUGUAUGCGAGCAAUUCAUGGAUGUUAAUGAUAUGAUAAGAGAUGAGGACCUUAUUGUGCAGAACUCUCAUGGGAAUGGAAUAAAUCAAAGACUUUAUGUUUCACGUAAUAUUCAGCAGCUAGUUGCAAAUAUGGUUCCUAGCGUAAUAUCAAAAAGACCAAGUCCAAGGGAGAUGAAUCUUCUAAAACGUAAAGCUAAAGUAAAUUCAAAAGAUCAAGGAAAGGGUUGGUCUGAGGAUGGGGAUGUGGAGGUUUCAUAUACUCAAAAUACGCCAACACCAGGCUCAUGUCCUGAUACAUCACGUCUUAAAAAGGCAUUUAUAGAUGUUAACCGUGAAGAAGACAACAUUGAAAACGACAAAGAUGGUUGGUGGCCUUUCCAGAGUUUCGUUGAGCAACUGAUCCUUGAUAUGUUUGAUCCUGUCUGGGAAGUUCGUCAUGGGAGUGUAAUGGCUUUAAGAGAAAUUUUAACCCAUCAAGGUGCUUCUGCUGGAGUAUUUAUGCCUGAAAUAAGCUCAGAUGGUGCAUCAUUUGUUGAGUUAGAAGAUGAAUAUACAUCUUAUACAAUUAAGAGAGAGAGAGAGAUUGAUUUGAAUAUGCAAUUUCCAACAUAUGAGUCUGAACCAAGUCUGAAAAGGGCGAAGAUUGAAGAUGCAUCAUGUCCAUGGAUGGAAACAGUUGUCUCUGCUAGCAAUAAUUGUAAUUUGGGUGUAAGCUUAGAGGCUGAAGUUGAUGGAUUGAAUUUGCCUUCAGAGCAUGGCAAUUUUAAUGCCAGUUCUGUUAAGGUGGAGCCAGAAUCUUACAUUGACGCUGUGUGGUGUUCAAGUAAAGAAGCAGCUGAUACAACUGAUUCCAUGGAUUGCAAAAAUAAUAAAAUUUCACUUGAAAAACAUGAUAUUCAAAAAAAUCCUGCUCAAAAUUAUGAGCUCAUGAACUUUGUCAAACUGGCUAGGCAUUCUUGGCUUAAGAAUUCUGAAUUUCUUCAAGAUUGUGCAAUCCGUUUCCUAUGUGUUCUGUCACUAGACCGUUUUGGAGAUUAUGUAUCUGAUCAGGUUGUUGCCCCAGUACGGGAAACCUGUGCACAGGCAUUAGGUGUCGUGUUCAAGUACAUGCAUCCCACAUUAGUUCAUGAAACAUUGAAUAUCUUGCUGGAGAUGCAGGUAAAUUUAAUACCAGAAUGGGAAAUUCGUCAUGGAAGCUUGCUGGGUAUCAAGUAUUUGGUUGCUGUACGGCAGGAGAUGCUUCAUGAAUUGCUUGGACGUGUCCUCCCGGCAUGUAAAGCUGGGCUUGAGGACCCUGAUGAUGAUGUUCGAGCAGUAGCUGCAGAGGCUUUAAUACCAACAGCAUCUGCCAUUGUUGGGUUACAGACUCACAUGUUGCAUUCUAUUGUAAUGCUACUUUGGGAUAUUUUACUUGAUUUGGACGAUUUAAGUCCAUCUACUAGCAGUGUUAUGAAUCUGUUGGCUGAAAUCUAUUCCCAAGAAGAAAUUAUUCCUAAAAUGAUGGGGACAUUGUCACUAAAAGAGAACCAAGAGUUUGAUCUGAAUGAGCUAGAUGAGCUUGAUGAUACUGGAGAAGAAAUAUACACACAAGAAAAUCCUUUUAUGCUAUCAACAUUGGCCCCACGUUUAUGGCCUUUUAUGAGGCACAGUAUCACAUCAGUCCGUUAUUCGGCUAUUCGCACUUUGGAGCGACUGCUUGAAGCAGGAUACAAAAGGAAGAUUUCCGAGUCUUCAAGUGCUUCAUUUUGGCCAUCUUUUAUUUUGGGUGAUACCCUUAGAAUUGUUUUCCAGAAUUUGCUGCUGGAAUCAAAUGAGGAAAUUGUGCAAUGUUCAGAGAGGGUUUGGAGGCUCCUUGUUAAGUGCCCAGCAGAGGACCUAGAACUUGUUGCAAGUUCAUAUAUGUCUUCAUGGAUAGAACUUGCAACUACUCCAUAUGGUUCAGUAUUGGAUGCCACAAAAUUAUUUUGGCCUGCUGCUCUUCCUCGAAAAAGUCAUGUUAGAGCAGCAGCAAAAAUGAGAGCUGUGAUGCUUGAAAAUGAGUCUCAUAGAAACAUUGGCUUGGAAUCGUCAGAGGCAACUAUUCCACAGGAAAGGAUUGGAGAUGCUUCCACCAAUUCUUUUAAGAUAAUUGUUGGUGCUGAUGUGGAAACAUCAGUAACUCAUACAAGAGUUGUUACAGCUGCAGCAUUGGGAAUUUUUGCAUCUAAGCUGCAUGAGAAGUCUAUGCAAUAUGUAGUUGAUCCAAUUUGCAAUGCACUUACCUCUUUAUCUGGUGUCCAGCGGCAGGUGGCAUCUAUGGUUCUUAUUUCUUGGUUCAAAGAGAUAAAUGGCUGGGAUGCUUCUGAAAACCCUGGAGUCAUGCCGAGCUUUCCCAAUCAUCUUAAAAGUUGGUUGUUGGAUUUAUUAGCAUGCUCUGACCCUGCAUUCCCUACGAAAGAUUCAAUUCUUCCUUAUUCUGAGCUUUCAAGAACAUAUUCUAAGAUGUGCAGUGAGGCUGCGCAGUUAUUACGCGCCAUUGAAUCAUCGGGUAUGUUCGAUAAUUUUUUAUCAACUACAAAAUUUGAAUUGGAACGCUUGAGUGCUGAUGAUGCAAUAAAUCUUGCAUCAAAAAUUCCAACCUUGUCUGAUGAUAAGGUUGGCAAUGAUACUUUGGGAAGACAUGUCGAUGAGGUGGAAUCAGCAAAACAACGACUUCUGACAACUUCAGGGUAUUUAAAAUGUGUUCAGAAUAAUCUGCAUGUUUCUGUCUCUGCUUUAGUUGCUGCUUCAGUAGUUUGGAUGUCAGAGCUUCCUGCACGCCUCAAUCCUGUGAUUUUGCCUCUUAUGGCUUCGGUUAGAAGAGAACAGGAGGAGAAACUACAAGAGAAAGCAGCUGAGGCACUUGCCGAGCUUAUUUUUCAUUGUAUUUCACGGAAGCCUAACCCAAAUGAUAAGUUAAUAAAGAAUAUAUGUAGUUUGACAUGCAUGGAUCCUUGUGAGACACCACAAGCAGCUGUUAUUAGUUCCAUGGAGACUAUUGAUGAUCAGGAUCUCCUCUCCUAUGGGACUGGUACUGGUAAACAGAAAUCAAGGGCUCAGAUGCUGGCUGGAGGUGAAGACCGGUCAAAAGUUGAGGGCUUUAUUAGCAGACGAGGGUCUGAACUUGCAUUGAGGCAUCUAUGUAAGAAGUUUGGUGCUUCAUUAUUUGACAAGCUUCCAAAAAUGUGGGAUUGUCUCACAGAAGUUCUGACUGAAGAUGAGAAGCAAAUUACCAAAACUAUUGGCGCUGUUAAGGAUCCUCAGAUCUUGAUAAAUAAUAUCCAGGUCGUACGCGCUAUUGCUCCCUUGCUGGAUGAUGCACUGAAACCAAAGCUGCUCACCCUUCUCCCAUGCCUUUUCAAUUGCAUUCGCCAUUCCCAUGUUGCUGUUAGAUUAGCUUCUUCAAGGUGUAUUACUUCAAUGGCCAAGUCAAUGACAGUACUUGUGAUGGGAGCUGUAGUUGAAAAUUCCAUUCAUAUGUUAGGCGAUUCAACUUCUGCUAGUGCCAGACAAGGUGCUGGAAUGCUUAUUAGCAUGCUUGUGCAGGGGCUGGGUGUUGAGCUGGUUCCCUAUGCUCCUUUUUUAGUUGUUCCUCUUCUAAGGUGUAUGAGUGAUUGUGAUCAAUCUGUCAGACAGAGCGUAACACAUAGUUUUGCUGCUCUUGUUCCUCUUCUUCCACUAGCAAGAGGCCUACCCCCACCUGCUGGACUGAGUGAGAGUUUCUCUAGGAGUGCGGAAGAUGCACAGUUUCUUGAGCAAUUACUUGACAAUUCCCAUAUUGAUGAUUACAAACUUUUUACUGACUUGAAAGUGACAUUGAGGAGGUAUCAACAAGAAGGUAUAAAUUGGUUGGCUUUUCUAAAACGUUUUAAACUUCAUGGAAUUUUAUGUGAUGAUAUGGGGCUUGGUAAGACACUUCAGGCAUCAGCUAUUGUGGCGUCUGAUAUAGUUGAGCAUCGUAGUUCGAAUAACAGUGAGGGCAUUUCACCAUCUUUAAUUAUUUGCCCAUCGACACUUGUUGGACACUGGGCAUUCGAGAUAGAGAAGUACAUUGAUGUUUCCGUAAUCUCUACUCUUCAAUAUGUUGGUUCUGCUCAAGAGCGCAUUUCUCUUCGAGAACAGUUUAAUAAGCAUAAUGUGGUAAUAACAUCAUAUGAUGUGGUCCGUAAAGACUCUGAUUAUCUUGGAAAGCUUAUGUGGAAUUACUGUAUAUUAGAUGAAGGACACAUCAUCAAGAAUGCAAAAUCUAAAAUUACACUUGCAGUAAAGCAGUUGAAAGCCCAACACCGCUUGAUACUGAGUGGAACACCAAUCCAGAAUAAUAUCAUGGAUUUGUGGUCCCUUUUCGAUUUUCUAAUGCCAGGGUUUCUCGGAACAGAGAGACAGUUCCAAGCCACAUAUGGAAAACCGCUAGUAGCAGCUAAGGAUCCUAAAUGUUCUGCCAAGGAUGCUGAAGCUGGGGCACUGGCCAUGGAAGCAUUGCAUAAGCAGGUUAUGCCCUUCCUCCUUCGUCGAACCAAAGAUGAAGUCUUGUCUGAUCUGCCAGAGAAAAUUAUUCAGGACAGAUACUGUGACCUGAGCCAUGUACAAUUAAAAUUGUACGAGCAAUUUUCUGGUUCAGAUGUUAGACAAGAAAUCUCAAGCAUGGUAAAAGUUAAUGAGUCUGCAGAUACAGGAGAAGCGAGUGGUGUUUCAUCUAAGGCAUCUUCACAUGUUUUCCAGGCACUUCAAUAUUUGCUAAAACUAUGUGGUCAUCCGUUGCUUGUUCUUGGAGAAAAGAUUCCAGAUUCAGUUGCUUGCUGUUUGUCCGAGCUGUUACCUGCAGGUUCUGACAUUAUAUCAGAAUUGCAUAAGCUUUGCCACUCUCCCAAACUGGUUGCACUUCAAGAGAUUCUGGAAGAGUGUGGGAUAGGUGUUGAUGCUCCUAAUUCUGAAUCUUCUGUGAAUGUUGGCCAGCAUAGAGUUUUAAUAUUUGCUCAGCAUAAAGCCUUUUUGGACAUAAUUGAAAGAGACUUGUUUCAAACCCAUAUGAAGAGUCUGACUUACCUGCGACUGGAUGGAUCAGUUGAACCUGAAAGACGUUUUGAAAUUGUUAAAGCUUUUAAUUCAGAUCCUACAAUUGAUGCCUUGUUGCUCACAACACAUGUUGGUGGGCUUGGCUUGAACCUGACAUCUGCAGAUACCCUCGUUUUUAUGGAACAUGACUGGAAUCCAAUGCGAGACCACCAGGCAAUGGAUAGAGCACACAGGUUGGGUCAGAAAAAAGUUGUUAACGUCCAUCGUCUAAUAAUGCGUGGCACCCUUGAAGAGAAAGUUAUGAGCCUGCAAAAGUUUAAGCUUUCAGUAGCUAAUGCAGUCAUUAAUUCAGAAAAUGCCAGUAUGAAGACAAUGAAUACAGACCAGUUGCUUGAUCUCUUUGCGUCUGCAGAAACCUCUAGAAAGGGAACUUCUGUGUCAAAGCGAACAGAUAGAAACAUCUCAGACCCAACUUUAAUGGGCAACAAGAAGGGGUUAAAAGCCAUCCUUGGUAGCCUGGAGGAACUCUGGGAUGAAUCGCAGUACACCGAAGAAUACAAUUUGAGUCAGUUUUUGUCAAAGCUCAACGGUUGAACAUGCAGGAUUCCACUUUUGUACAGAGUGUAUAUUUCUGGAGCAAGUACCCAAAUUUUGACCCACCCUAACUUUAUAGCUCUUUCUGCCCAGCGCCGCACCCUAAACCAGCGACCCUACCUGUAUUUAUUUUGUCCCAUAUUCUUCAUGUUUUUGCUGGAGGUCGGAAAAGGGUUCAGGUUCUAUGGAGGUGGAGCCUGGCGUGAGGGAUAGUGGAAAUGUUGACCGAGAAAGGUUUUGCCAAGGGAAGAGAAAUGUAUAUUUUCGGAUAUUGUAAAUACAAUCAGCUUCUCUGAUUGCUAUUUAAAUCCAUCAAUCCUUGAAAUGGAUAUUGCAUUAGAGCAAUUUCAUUCAUAAAUUCAUUCUCUUAAGCAGUUUUAAAGCAUAAUGUGGACAGCUGAAGUUAGAGCUCUCUGGCAAUAAAUUAAAAUUCUCUAUGAGCAUUAAAAUUGUGGCUCCUGGUUGCAGCGUAAAUUUUGGACUCUGAACAUCAUAAAAUUUAUGAUUAUUUUACAGUGUAACAAGAAAGCAGAAAUGAAGUUGAAAGAAUACUUUGUCUUUUGGACC